GGUGAAUCAGUGUCAGUGAUGGAGGGAGAUUCUGUCACUUUAAAAACUGAUGUUACUGAAAUAUGUGAAGGCGAUACCAUACAGUGGCAAUAUGGAGCUGAAAACUCUAUCGUAGCUAAAAUGAAGAAAGCAAAGCAAAUCACGUUCACAUAUAAUACAGAUAUGAGAUUCAGAGACAGACUGAAGCUGGACAAUCAAACUGGAUCUCUGACCAUCACAAACAUCACAACUGAACAUGCUGGAUAUUAUCAACUAGAGAUUAGUGGAGCAAAUCUAGCAUUAAAAACAUUCAAUGUUUCUGUCUAUGCUCACCUGCCUGUUCCUGUCAUCAGCAGUAACUCUUCAAACUGUUCUUCAUCAUCAUCAUACUGUUCAUUGUUGUGUUCAGUGUUGAAUGUGAGUGAUGUGACUCUCUCCUGGUGCAGUGGAAACAGUUUAUUGUCCAGCAUCAGUGUGUCUGAUCUCAGCAUCAGUCUCUCUCUACCUCUGGAGGUGGAAUAUCAGGAUAAAAACACCUACAGCUGUGUGAUCAACAAUCCCAUCAACAACCAGACCACACAUCUGGACAUCAGCAAACUCUGUCACACAUGUGCAGGUUCAGUCUCUCUAAUAGUGUUGAUCUCUGCUGCUGCUGGAUCUCUGUUGAUUGUAGCUGCAGUCGUGAUCUUCAGCAUCUGCAGGAAACACAGAAAAACUUAUACAGAAGGCAAGUACUAUCUUCUCCUUUUAAACAAGUAA